AUGCUGCUCAAGGGUCGGGAAGGGGCCAUUCCAGCCUCGUGGGCAUGGAAGAAGAUGGUACGAUACGUUGUCGCAGUCAUUGCCAUCACCUGCUUCGCAGCCCUGCUCUGGCCAUCCUCACCCAAGAAAACAACCUCCGUCGCCCCUACCCGCGCCCACUCCAACAUCACCAUCUCCGCCAACGUGAAAUGCGACCCGGACGCUGAUAUGCUGCACCGUCUGGGCGUCCGCAAAUUAGCCCAAUAUACCCGUCGCGAAGUCGUCGUCGACUUCACAGAGGACCCGCUGCCAAUGAGACAACGGAUUGACACGCCCCUGCUGGAUGUCAAGGUUCGAGGAUCUAGUCACACGAACGAGCUCGGCGAGCCGCAGGACGGCUGCACGAUCCCGGCACCGCUGGCGGUCGUGGCGCCCAAACCACCCAAGAUGGCUGAUGCCUCGCAUAUUGACUUUGGCGUGGCGACCUCGGUGUCCCGAUUGAAUGAGUCCCUGGACCAAUUCGCCCACUGGGCGGGAUACACUCGUACGCGUAUCUUCGCCUUGAUUGAACCUGAAGAGGACAAGAAAAAGGCUGGUAUUGCCUACGUCAAGGCCAAGGCUGAUAACCUCGGCAUUAACCUGAUCGUCAAGGAGUCGGAGGAUGACUAUCUCCACCGGUACUUUGCGCUAGUCGCUCUAUUGGAAGAGAACAUGCGUGAAGGAACACGGUGGGGAUGUAUCAUCGACGACGACACAUUCUUCCUCUCCAUGCCUGCAUUGGUCAAGGCACUGGGUGAAUACGACGACACAAAGCCCAUGUACAUCGGCGGUCUAUCCGAGGGAAUCCCCCAAAUCGCCGUCUUUGGCAUGAUCGCGUUCGGAGGCGCAGGCGUCUUCCUCUCACGACCACUGCUUUCCGAUCUAGCCACCGUCUACGAUCAAUGCGAGCAAAUGACCUAUACCGGUGACCGUCGCAUCGCGAACUGCAUCUACCAAUACACCACUACCCGGUUGACUGUGGAUCACCGCUUACAUCAACUGGAUCUGAUGGAAGAUGCCUCUGGUUUCUUCGAGUCUGGUCGGGAACCCCUCUCUCGGUUCAUCACUGGAAAUCCUGGUUCCACGCCGACAUGCCCAAGCUCAGCGUGA